AGGUGAGGGGGCGCCGGGGGCGGGCGGCGGCGGCCCAUGUGGAGCGGCCGCGGGGCGGGGGGGCGACGGUCAGCGGCCGGGGCAGGAGGCGACAGCGGCACCGGGACGAGCCCGGGACGAAGAGGACGAGGAGGAGGAAAACGAGGCCCGAGCCGCGCCGCCGGGCCCUGCACGCAGCCAGAGCGGACGGCGGGUAACGGCCAGGCCCGGCCGCGCCAUGAAGGGUAGCCGGAUCGAGCUGGGAGAUGUGACGCCACACAACAUUAAGCAGCUGAAGAGGCUAAACCAGGUCAUUUUUCCUGUGAGCUACAAUGACAAGUUCUACAAGGAUGUACUGGAGGUUGGCGAACUAGCCAAAUUAGCCUACUUCAAUGAUAUCGCAGUGGGAGCGGUGUGCUGUAGGGUGGAUCACUCCCAGAACCAGAAGAGACUGUACAUCAUGACACUUGGAUGCCUGGCACCCUACCGAAGGCUAGGAAUAGGAACUAAAAUGUUGAAUCAUGUCUUAAACAUCUGUGAAAAAGAUGGCACUUUUGACAACAUCUAUCUGCAUGUCCAGAUCAGCAAUGAGUCAGCAAUUGACUUCUACAGGAAGUUUGGCUUUGAGAUCAUUGAGACGAAGAAAAACUACUACAAGAGGAUAGAGCCGGCAGAUGCUCAUGUGCUGCAGAAAAACCUCAAAGCCCCUUGUCUUGGCCAGAAUGCAGAUGUGCAAAAGACCGACAACUGAACAAAACCCCAACGAACACUUUCUUGCACUUGCUUGUCGCCAAAUAAGGAAAGAGAGGCCUAUUGAUUUUUUUUAUUAUUCCACCCCUUCUUAAUUUUUUAUCUUGACCUCUCUCCAACAAAAUGUAAUGCUUCUUCCAAGGAUUGUCAGAUCAAGGGGUUUUUUGAUCUUUUUAUUUUUAGGGGUGGGAAGAGGUGUGCAGAUCUCUUUAGUCGGAGGUGCGGAGGGCUUGAGCAGGUCACCCUGAUGACAAGCUUCCUUCAGAGAAUUAAUCUAUUUCAGUAAGCAGAAUGUAAAUCUGAGGUGGGGGAAAAGGAACAGCAAUAUCUUGUCCUUUGAUUCCUACAUGAUCAUGUUUUUUUAUAACCUACAGGGUACUUUACUCCUCCCAGCUUUUGAAUGUUACUUCAGUACUUCCCACUCUUCCUCUUAAUUCCCCCCACCUCAAAAAAAAGUAUUUUUAGUUUUUCCCAAUAUUUUUGAGUAUGGCUUUUUCCUCCAUCUUUUGCUGAGAAGGGCGGGCUACUUUACCAUACCUUUUUAUUCUGCCUGGGCUGUUCUUUUUGAAUGCGCUUUUUUUUUUAAAAAAAAAAAAAUAAUAAUAAUCCUCACCCAAGCUGGUGCUACAUUUCUUAACUGACUAAGAGGAGGGUUUAGAUUGGUCUUUGUUUUUUCUUAUCCUCACUUAACAAAUUCCCAGCAGACUUCUGCCAGAGUAAGAACUAUAGCUGGUGUUGGCAAGAG